AUAUCAGUUUGCCUCCCCUGUACGAUGGAUUGAAACACAAGAUGUGGUGCUCAGCCAGUACCGGGCCGAACGCAUCGUGGAGAUCGGCCCGGCGGCGACACUGACCAACAUGAUGGCACAGACCGUCAAAUCCAAGUUCUUGCACAGUGAUCGAGCUUCCCUUCUGAAAAGGCAGCUCUUAGCCUCGGAAAAGCAAGGGAAGGAGAUCUACUAUGAAUAUGACGGUCCGGUGGCGGCGACGGCGGCGACGGCGACGGCAGCUCCCGUUUCCGCAACCACCACAACUAAUCAGAACAAGGCCUUGACGCCUGAGGCUCCCACCCCUGCUGGUGCGGCACCUGCCUCGAUGCCUCAGGCUGCCACACCCGCUACAGCCCCGGUGCCUGAGGCCAAAGCCCCGGCAUCGGCGACUGUCAUCGACGAUCAACCAGCCCGUGCCUUUGAAGUCAUUCGCACUCUCUUGUCCCGAGUACUCAAGAUCGCCGUCACCGAUAUCGUCGGCACUCAGAGUAUCAAGUCUUUGGCCGGUGGACGUUCGACUCUGGAAAAUGAGAUUAUCGGCGAUCUCAACAGUGAGUUCGGCACUCUGCCUGAUCGCGCCGAAGACCUCACGGUUGCCGACCUUGGCGAUGCCCUCCAGAAGACAUUCACCGGCCAGAUGCGCAAGGUCAUGCUGAAGAUGCUGCACGCCAUGUUUGCUUCCAAGAUGCCCGGCCAAUUCACAGUGGCGACCACCAGAGCAUACCUCCAGUCGCGCUGGGGUCUCGGGUCCGGCCGACAGGAUUCGAUCCUGUUGUUAGCAAUCGCACAACAACCGGCCAGCAGGAUCAGCGAGGAGCCCGAGGCCAAGAGCUUCUUCGAUGGGCUGGUGCAGGUUUAUGCCACGGAGCACGGUUUAACGCUGGGAGGAAACACGGGUGGCGGGGCGGAAGAGGCAGCGGGCGGCCAUUCAAUGAUGCUAGAUCAGAAAACGCUGGAAGCUUUAACCGGCGGGCAGCAGGAGUUGUCCAAGGCGCUGUUGAAGCUCUAUGCCAAGCAUCUUGAUGUCGACUUGGACCAAGAUCGGCGCGCGUUGGAUGAAUUGCAGGUGACGGUGGAAAAGGAUCUGCGGGCAGCGCUGGACCAGAUUCAUCAGGAGCUGGGCGAGGAUUUCACCUCCGGCGUGCAACCACAGUUCAGCGCGAAGAAGGCCAGACGCUUCGAUAGCGCCUGGAGCUGGGCGCUGCAGGACUUGUUGCAUCUGUACUAUGAAGUGUCAAGGACGGGCGGCGAGGAUGUCGAUCUGCAGCUGGCGACGCAGCGCUGCGAGCACAUUCAGGAUGCGGCAGACCCCCGGCUGUUGGACGUGCUUCAACAUAUCGUCGGGGAAUUCACCGAGCAGCCCUUGCUCUCAUCGGUCUUUACCCAGCUGGCGGAGCGGUGCCGCGAGUCGCUGCAUGCCGGUCCCAAGUAUCGAGCUCGACCCGAUGGUCGCGGUCCCUGCACCACAAUCAGUGCUGCAGGGGAAAUCUCCUAUACUGAGCAGGAACGCCCCGUGCCAACGCCGCUCGCCGAUCUAGUGUAUCUUCCCGGCACCAAAUCUCCGCAGGAGCCGUAUCUGCACCUGAAGGAGCGCACUGGUUCCUCCUGGAAAUACAGCCCCGACCUCACGGAGCAGUACCGCGCCGUGCUCGAGCAGGCCACGACCACCGGUGAGUCUUUCGUGGGCCGUGCGGUGCUUAUUACCGGCGCCGGGGUGGGAUCCAUCGCGGCGGAAGUCCUCAAAGGCUUACUCGCCGGCGGUGCUCGCGUGAUCGUAACCACCAGUCGCUUCUCCCCCAGCGUGGUCCGCAAGUACCAGGAUCUGUAUACCCGGUUCGGUGCCCGCGAAUCCGAGCUGGUCGUCGUGCCUUUCAAUCAAGCCAGCGCGCAGGACAUCGCCGCGCUGGUCGACUACAUCUACGACUCCCAGGGUCUCCAUUGGGAUCUCGACCACAUCCUGCCCUUCGCCGCGAUCCCCGAGAACGGCCGAACCAUCGAGAAGAUUGACCCGCACGCCGAGCUCGCCCAUCGAACCAUGAUGACCAACACCCUGCGUCUUUUGGGUGCGGUCAAAUCCCGCAAAGAGGCACAAGACUCGCACACGCGGCCCACCCAGGUGAUUCUCCCUCUCUCUCCCAACCACGGCAUCUUCGGCGGAGACGGCCUGUACAGUGAGUCCAAACUGGGGCUCGAAACGCUCUUCAACCGCUGGCACUCGGAGGACUGGUCGGACUACCUGUCGGUGUGUGGGGCGGUAAUCGGCUGGACUCGGGGGACGGGCCUCAUGAGCGGCAAUAAUCUGGUCGCCGAGGGAAUCGAGCGCCUAGGGUGUCGAACGUUCUCCCAGCAAGAGAUGGCGCAGUGCCUCCUCUGCCUGAUGUUCAACCCCAUCUGCAGCCUCUGCGAGGAAGGACCCCUGUACGCCGACCUGGCCGGUCGAAUGGGCGCGGUGAAAGACCUCCGACAGAAGGUGCAAGAAUUACGCACGGAGAUCAACGAGACGGCGCAGACGCGCAGAGCCCUCCUGGAGGAGUUGGACAUGGAAGCCCAAUGCUCUUCAGACGUGCCAAGCGCGCCCACUGCUGUCUCCGAGACCAUCGCCCCUACCCCCACGCCCAAGGCUCACGUCCGCAUCGACUUCCCCGAGGUUCCCGACUACGAUCGUGACAUCAGGCCGCUCACGGCCGACUUGCAAGGCAUGGUCGACCUCGAGCGCGUGGUGGUUGUGACCGGCUUCGCGGAACUCGGCCCGUGGGGCAACGCCCGCACCCGCUGGGAAAUGGAAGCCUACGGCGAGCUCUCGCUCGAAGGCUGCGUCGAGAUGGCCUGGCUGAUGGGGCUCAUCCGCUACGAAAAUGGUACCACCCCCGGUUGGGUUGAUGCCAAGACGAAUGAACCAGUCCUCGACCACCAGAUCAAGCAGAAGUACGAAGAGCAUAUCCUGGCGCACUCGGGAAUUCGUCUCAUUGAGCCGGAUCUCUUCGGGGGUUACGACCCGGAGCGCAAGCAGAUGCUGCACGAGGUGCUCAUUCAGGAGGACCUCCCGCCGUUGGAAGUGCCCGAGGCCACUGCGCAGCAACUCAAGCUGGAACACGGGGACAAGGUGCAUAUCGCUCUCGAACCAGGCACUGACCAGUACCGUGCCGUCUUGAAGAAAGGUGCCAAGCUGCUGGUGCCCAAGGCGAUGCGGUUCGACCGCUUGGUGGCUGGGCAGAUCCCCACCGGUUGGGACGCGAAGAAGUACGGCAUAUCGGACGAUCUGAUCUCCCAGGUCGACCCGGUCGCCCUCUACACGUUGGUCUGCUCGAUUGAGUCGCUGCUCUCGUCCGGAAUCACCGAUCCCUAUGAGAUCUACCGUUAUAUCCAUAUCUCGGAGGCAGGAAACUGCAUCGGCUCCGGUAUCGGUGGGUUCAACUCCCUCCAGCAGAUGUAUCGCGCCCGGUACCAGGAGAAAGACGUGCAGAAAGAUAUUCUGCAGGAGUCGUUUGUCAACACGAUCGGCGCCUGGGUGAAUAUGCUGCUCAUGUCGUCUGCCGGUCCGAUGCGCACGCCUGUCGGCGCCUGCGCGACAUCUAUCGAGUCGGUCGAGCUCGGCUAUGACACCAUUCUCAGUGGUAAAGCGCAGUUUUGCUUUGUCGGCGGUGGCGAUGACUUCGGUGAAGAGCUCUCGUAUGAAUUCGCCAAUAUGAAAGCGACCUCCAACGCGGUGGACGAGUUUGAGCAAGGUCGCGACGCGUCGGAGAUGUCCCGGCCUGCUGCCAGCACGCGCAACGGCUUCAUGGAGUCGCACGGCUGCGGGAUUCAGAUUCUCACCACUGCCAAGCUCGCCCUGGAGAUGGGCCUGCCCGUCCGCGGCGUGAUCGCCUUCGUCGAGACCUCGAGUGACAAAGCCAGCCGCUCGGUGCCUGCUCCCGGCAAGGGGAUUCUCUCCAAGGCGCGUGAGGCGCGCACGCCCUCUCGCAUCGCCUCGCCGUUACUCAAGGUCGCCAACCGGCGCAAGCGGCUCACCUUCCGCAAGAAGCAGAUUGAGUUCGCGCGCGAGACCGCCCUCGAGGAACUGCAGCUCGAGGUCGCCGCCCUGGACGCCUCGGAUGAUGUGGAGGCGUACGUCCGCGAGCGCACUGCCCAGAUCGAGGCGGAAGCCCGCAAGGAGCUCAAGAACGCGCGAUACCACCUGGGCAAUGCCUUUUGGGCGGAUGAUCCGACCAUCGCGCCGCUCCGUGGCGCCCUGGCGGUCUGGGGUCUGGGCAUCGAUGAUCUCGACGUCGCCUCCUUCCACGGGACGUCGACCAAGCUCAACGAGAAGAACGAGUGCAGUGUCAUCCAGAAGCAACUCUCGCAUCUCGGGCGCACCCGGGGCAACGUCAUCCUCGGCGUCUUCCAGAAAUACCUGACCGGUCACCCGAAAGGCGCGGCGGGCGCGUGGAUGUUGAACGGCGCACUGCAGAUUCUCGACACGGGAAUUGUGCCCGGGAAUCGCAAUCUGGAUAACGUCGACCGUGAGCUGCAGCAGAACGAACAGAUCGCCUUCCUGAAUCGGUCGCUGGACACCACCGGCCCUACCGGCAUCCGCGCCAUCAGUGUAACCUCUUUUGGAUUCGGACAGAAGGGGGCCCAGACGAUCGUCGUGCAUCCCAAAUACCUCUUCGCCACCCUGGAGCAGGCGGAGUAUCACGAGUACGCGAGCAAGCGUGCGCAGCGGCAGAAGAAGGCGGAUGCGUUCUUUUAUCGGGGGUUGGCGGCCAACAGUCUCUUCGAACUGAAGACUGCCACGCCCUGGGCGCCGCAGAAGGAGUUGGAGACCCUCUUGGAUCCCACGGUGCGAUUUUCUUCGGGGUGACCGCCGGUGGAGCUGUGAUGAAUGCGCGGACUGGGAGUUUGGGGUUGGUUUGGUUUUGUUUGAUUUGCCGAUGUUCACUCCGGCUCACGUUCCUUUGCUGUCAUAUAGAUAUAUAUUGACUCUGCGGGCAAAAUGUUCCGGGUUUACUUAG